AGGAAGUUGAAAGAUUCCCGCUUGUGGAUUUUCAGUGACUGGCAAAAAAAUACUCUCCAUAGAAUCUUUGGGAUUCCCUGGAAUAUUUUUGGAAUAGGACGCCCUUGGAUUUUCCACUUUUUUUAAAAUCCGCUUUGUGUUUUCUGUAAUUGCCUGCUUUCUUUAUCUUAAUAUUCUUUUUCUCUUUUUAACCCGUCCAGUUCAAUUCUCCUCUCCCUUUCCCCCCUUCCCUUUUUCCCCUUUCCCCUUUUCCUCUCGAUCAUCGACACGGUUUUCCCAUGUUCCAUUCAUAUGGACCAGCAUCCUAUCAUUGUUGGGAUGGAAUAUGAUGGACUGCCACCAUCUCUUCAAUCACAUCAUUUAUAAACUGACUCGCACUUUUGUUUAAAUCCUAAACUAAGAUCUGCAAUAAACGUGAGGAACCUGGAAAGGAUCUAAACUUUUGCUGGGAGUCACGAUAAAAAGAAGUAACAGUCUUGUUGGUGAAACUCCUGCGAAGUUCUGCAGCCCUACACUACUGAAGAAACGUGCAGUAAGCUUUGGCAUUGAUGACAGGACUCCACUGGUUAAAAGCACCACAGAUAUAGAUGCUAACAUCCUUUCUGUGCUUCCCAAAGUUUCAGAGCUCAGGAAGCAAUUUGAAAGCAUAAUCGGAAGUAAUCCAAAAAUGAACAGAAAAGAGAGGAUAGCACGCAGGCUGGAGGGGAUCGAGACAGACGUUCCCACCGCUCUUGCUACAAGCGUGCAGGACACAGGCGGACUGGUGACCAAUCGGCUGCUGGAGGAGGACACCCCACGUUACACCCGGGCUUCAGAUCCUAGUGAUACAGGCAUUGUGGUACGAUGCUACAGUCAUGAUGAGAUCGAAGCUCCGGAGCGGCAAUUCCGAACUCGGAUGUGCCCUGAUCCACAGCAACCCACCCAUCCUGACCCAGUGCCCCCAACCCCACCAGAGUCAGGUGCAGCCAGCCUCAGCUCCAAAGCCGAGCGGAUUGCGCGCUACAAAGCCGAACGUCGCCGCCAGUUAUCAGAACGUUACGGAAUCCUGCUCGACCAGGAAGUGGAUAUGGAUUACGCGCCACACUACACACGUGCCCGCAGAGAGUCUGACCUGUCAGACAAAGCAACUCCACCUGACAGGUGGCGGGGUAAGAGCCGGACAAGGGAUGGGGCUUUGCAAGAGUGGGAUAAUGAGCAGGAACGAAACAGCAGCAAAUCCAAGUACAGCAGCUCAGGGAUGGGGCGGGUCUUUAUGCCUUCUGACUCUGCCUCUGAACACGCUCCUCCUCCAUCAGGCUUUGAGGUCGAGCGAGAGAGAGAGCGGGCAAUGAACUUGAAAAAUAAUAGACGUGCGCCAGACCGAAGUCCCAAAUCAGGCCUGCAGGAAGCGCCAGUUCCCAUAGAAACGACACCCGCACAACCAACGAGGGGUGUCGCUGUUGUGACGGUGCCAAGUUCUCCUAGGACAGCGCGUCGAGCCUCUUUACCUUUAGCGCGGCAUGGCGGUAUCUCUCCUGGAGAUCUGUUUAUCGAACAACAAGCUCAAAACAUCCUCAACAGGCAGGGUCUGGCAGCUCUGUCUCAGAGCGAGUGGUCCCUCAGGAGAGACGUGGACAAUGAAACACACACACAAAUCAACUGGCCAUCCAGAAUACGAGUAAGAGAGAGACAGGCAAGAGAGGACAUCUCCGUAAGAGGUUCUGAUACAGGGUCGGAUGCACCCUCGGUAAGACGACAUCCAAAAGUAACCCCACCAUAUUUGGCUCCACGGCCUCAAUCUGCAAACCAGCCACGAACCCGGAGCACAGAACCUCCAAACCAGGGUGCAGAGACACGUCAACAAAGGGCGCACAGUGCAGAAAGACCACGGUUCCAGCGAACUCACAGCAUGGAUUCGCCUGCUAACCAGCACACACCCUUAAGUCAACCAGCAAGCAAUCAACGUGCCCAAAGGGCAGAGCCCCCAAGCUAUGACCAGGACCCCGGCGUACACCCUAGCACCAUGGGCCAUCAGCCAGGGUUCAGACAAAUCAAGCAGUCUUUACCAAGGCGAGGUAGUUUGGAUGCUAAACAACUGUCCCAAACACAGGGACCUAUCCAACAACCACACCCAACAAACAAAGACCCCCAGCAGCCAUUAGCUGGUCGUAGAGAUGGCCAUCCACCUGUACAAAAAUAUCGGGCCAUCCUUCAACCGAUGCCUUUGGACCGUCCAACUCAAGCUCAUGCACCUUCUAAGAAACCUCAAGAUGAAGGUACACGUCCAUCACAUGAACAAACACAAUAUGGUCCUGUUUUGGGCCACCCUUUGCAAUAUAGUUCAGUCCAAACACUACCUCCAGCCUACGGACAAACUGUCCUGACUACUCCUGCUUAUAGCAAUCCACCACAACCUUCAACUUCUGUGAUACACCAUGUGCCAGCACCUCCUCCUGAGAUGCUGGAUGCCAAAGGACACUUGGUUUCAUCAACAUCUAUAAUCAAAGAGGGUGUAGAUGCUAAAAGAAAAGAUAGUGCUGAACAGAUUCAGUCCCUUCACAGAGAAGGACGAUCAACAUCCAGGGUGGAUGCGCCUUUAGGAGGGCUACUUCGGAGCAGAAAAGCUGUGCUACCCUCAGAGAUCCGCCGCAGGGAAAAGAGUGUGGAUGAUCCCAUGCGUGGACAUGAUGAAGAUUUGGAAAGUUACAGAAUUAGAAGGAUUAGUGAGCCAGGCGUCCAAGAGGGAAGAAGUGAAAGGAAGUUUGAGGAAGGAGAAGGACAUGAUGGAAUAGGAGCCACUCAUAUGGAAGAAAGAACAGUAACAAGUAAAAAGGUAAUUGAUCUUUCAAAAGACAGAGAAGGUCAGGGUGUCAGAAGGAUGAGUCAGUCUGAGGAAAGAGAUAUAGAAGAUGGUUCAAAGAACAGCUGGAGAGGUGAAGAUGUAGUGCAUGGCAUAAAGAUUGGUCAAACAGAACGAAGAAAGCAAGGAAGUGGUAUUAAAAUAGAGGAGAGGAAAGGUAACUGGAGCAGUAACUUAGUGGGGGUCGACUGGGAAAGUUAUAAGAAGAUUGAUGAUUUCAAAGAAAGUGAAAGGCAGGUUGAUAGAAGAAACCAAACUGCACAUGCAGUUGAACCACAUGUACAAGGUGAUACUAAAAUGAUCAAGGACAUAGAGGAGCAAGAAAGCCACAGAUUUUUGGCGGAAGGAUAUGGUAGAAGACGACGGGGAAAUCUGUCUGAAAGUGAUGACAUGCAUGUCAGAAAAAGAGGUAUAAGCCAGUCGAAAGAUGGUUGGGAUGACCGUAGGGUACGCAAAAUUGGCCAGUUGGAUGAAUGGGAAGUUCAGGGAGUUAGUAGGGUGAGCCAAUCAGAUCAUUGGGAAGGACAUGAAAAGGGACACCAACCUGAAGAAAUUUACGUCAUGACCUCACAGGCUCAGCUAACCAAUGAGCAGCAUUCUAGGGUGGGGGAAGCAGGAGGGUACUUGCAGAAAGGCUCCUCCUUCCCACAAGCUCAACAUCGAGUGAAUCAGGAUGCAGUUGACCUUAGGCCAAAAGUCAGAAACAGAUCCAUGUCAGACAUUGGAUUGACUCGGAGGUCUGCUGCAUUGCAAAGUCUGGAGCAUGCAGCUGGGCAAGAAGCUGCCAUGACAAUGGGGGCGGGGCUUCACGCUUGGGAUGCGGGUCCAGUGGCCAAUGGUGAAAUGGGCUCUUUGGACACUCGAGUUUCUGUGGCGAAGUUGAGACAUUCCUACUUGGAGAACGCUUCUGGACGCAGGCCUGACCUGGAAACUAAAGGAGAUAUUGUUCCUAUGGAGGCUGAUCCAGCUGUGAGUGGUGACCGGGAAAGAGGUGCCCGUCGGCCCCGGCGUUACAUUUCCUCUGGGGAUGACAGGAAGUCCUCUGAGAGGUUUAGAACCCAGCCAAUCACAUCAGCUGAAAGACUGGAAUCUGAUAGGGCCCGCCUUAGUCCAGAGAUGCAACAUGCAGAGCAUGAGUUGGACGGAGAGAAAUUGGAUGAACGAGCUAAAAUGAGUGUGGCUGCCAAGAGAUCUCUCUUCAGGGAGCUGGAGAGAACUUCAGAUGGAGGUGUUCCCAAACCCCGGUCGCGCAAUGCUGCGGUCGAGCGGAGACUACGCGCACAGGAUCGCUCACGGACACAACCCGUGAUGCCAGAGGAAGUGGUCAUAGCUGCCACCCUGCAGGCAUCUUCGGCGCAUGGCUCGGGUCACAGUGAGCAAAAGAAAGAGGCGAUUCCAGAAGAAAAGGGGGCGGGUCUUGACGAGCCAGACCUAUCCACAUUAAGUCUGGGUGAGAAGAUGGCACUGUUUAACCGCUUAUCACAAGCCCCUGGCCAGUCAGGAAAUGGACUGCGCCCUGACACCCGCCAACGUAGGGCCAAUCCUCGCUUCCAGACCCAACCCAUCACCCAGGGCGAGGUUGAACAGGAAUUUACACAUGAUGUAGACUCAUCCAGUCACACAGAUCGACCCGCUGUGACUAAUGAUUCUGUUGGUCCCCCUCAGAGCGAGCAACUACGAAAUGGAAGUAUGAAAUUGGAGCCCCUCUCUGCAUUACUGGUCCACUCCGCUGCUGCAGCCACCACCCAGGCCUCUGUUGCCACGGUGACAAGUGCUUCCCCAUCAAUGACCGCAGAUGUUCGCAUGGGGAUGUCCACGGCACCCACUUACACUCCGCCUUCUGUUCAGGGUUCGCCCAAUCAGACGGGCUCUGCUCAGCUCCCGGCAUAUGAGAGAGGGGUUCGAUACUUCAGUCUCACGGAGAGUGGGGAAAAUCGCACACCUGAUAUUCGGUCUCCGCCUCCCGUGGAGCAGCUCGGCCAGUCGUCGUACAGCAAGGGUGGGGCCUUGCCCGUUUCAGCCAGUGGACAGAAACAAGAGGAAACUGGGUGGAGGGGCAGACUUGGUUACUUGGGAAGAGAAGAGAGAGAGUCAGGGACCUCGCCGCAACGCACACAUGUGCUCAGACACACACCCCCUCACGGCAGGGGAGACGCAGAGCUGAGGGGUCCGAGGGAGAGAGAGAAGGAGUGCGCGUCCGUCUCCCAAGGAGGCUUCUUGUCACAAGACGCUCAUCAGACGGUGAGAGGAAGCGGUAUCAGGACCGUCACCUCAGAUGUCCCCGAUCUCAAUAUCUCUACGAGAGCUGUGAGCGCCACCGUGGUCUCCUCCAGAAGUAUUUCACACACCUCUCAAACUCUUCCUUACCUCCAGCAAACACAGCCGUACACACCUCCGCAACCUCAACGAAAUCCACCGCAGCACACUCAAGUCCACAUUCAGCCUCAAGCCUACAGUCCAUCUGGGCAAACGCACCUGGUUACAGAUCCUCACACCUACAUAGACCCUCAGGCUCCUUCACGGCCAGAUCAGGUGUAUCCCGAACCCCAGCGUCAGACACAAUCCAGAAUACCUCCACAGACGCAGCCGAAACCACAAUCUUAUCCUCCAUCCCAGUCACCUGCAUACAUUCCCCCGCAACCAAAGAUACGCCCUCAAACUCAGCCCAAACCCCAGUGCUUCAUACCAUCUCAAAUUCAAGCCCAGGAGGAGAUCAAACACGGCCCACCUGAACCCAUUGUCUUGAAAGACCAAAGGCCAGAGAUCCAAGAAGAACCUGAAGAAGUCAUGACGUCGAUGUCGAUCAAAGAAAGGUUGGCCCUGUUGAAGAAGAGUGGAGAGGAAGAUUGGAAAAACAGGAUCAACAAGAAACAGGAAGUCAUACAGGAAGUGGUGUCCGUAAGCGAGAAGAGUAGCCCAAUAUGGGAAGAGCAAGGCUUCAAGAAAAAGGAAGAGCAGACUGUUAUCAGUGAGUUCACAGCAUCUGAGCAGCUCUGGGAGCCUGUCUUUUCUUCUACCUACUCUCCUCCUCCUCUUCCAUCUUCCCCAAAAUGCCAGUAUGUAGAGCAUCAGGGGCAGAAACUUGAAGAAGAUAGGGAGGGGCAGAUCUCUAUUGAAGCGAGGAAACAGAUGAUCUCUAUUCGGGAGGAGGCGUGGCAAAGUACAGGAAAGGGAGUGGCCAACGACUCUUCCCAAUACACCGUGGCUGCCAAGAUGGUGAAAAAAGGUCUGGCUGCUUCCUCUGCAGUUAUCAGCCCGAUUCUUUCCCCAGUAUCUGCUAAACUGAAGAGCAGCGUCGCCAAACCACAAGAAGAAAUUGAGGCCAGAGCAGAAAUGGAGUCAGAUAAGAAGCUGGAAAAGCUGGAGACGUUUUUGGGGCGUUUGAACAGUAAAGUGUCAGGUUUGCAGGAGACGACUUUGACUGUGACGGAGAAGACGGUGAAGGAAGUGAUGCGAUUGGACGAUGAGAUCUUCUCCAAGUUUUACCGCCAUGUGACGGAUAUUCCCCGCAGCAUGAGCAGCAGGAUGCAUUUGGAAGAAGACUUUGAUGCCAUCUUUGGAAAACAAACACCAAAGUUGACCUCAGCGAUGGUGCAGCACAGGCGGGCCGUUCGUCCCUCUCGUAACGUCCAGGCCUCGAGGAAUCCCUUAAAGAUUCUGGCAGCGCGAGAUGACAUCCGUCAUGAGUACACCGAGCAGAGACUGAACGUCGGUCAGCUAGAGAGCAAGAGAAUGAAACAGGAGAAGAUGAGUAAGAGCUCCAGUUUGUCGGAUGCGGCUUUGGCUGGUUUGGCCCGUAAAGAGAACUACAGCAGCGUGAGUCUGCGCAGCGUGAGCAUCUCAGAGCAGAUGAGCAAUAACAGCGCAGCUCCUUACAAAAAACUGAUGCUCAUGCAGGUCAAAGGCCGACGGCACGUGCAGACCAGACUAGUGGAGCCCAGAGUCUCCUCUCUCAACAGCGGCGACUGUUUUCUACUGGUUACACCUGGAAAUUGUUUCGUUUGGAUUGGAGAGUUUGCAAAUGUCAUAGAAAGAGCAAAGGCAUCAGAACUGGCCACUUAUAUCCAGCUGAACCACGAUCUCAGUUGCCGAGCAACACAGGUGGAGACCGUUGAAGAAGGCGUGAACUCUCAAAGUCCCAUAGCAGCUGAAUUCUGGAAGAUUCUUGGAGGACCAGGCAGCUACCAACCGGCCGGGUCUCCAGAAGAGGACGAGAAGUUUGAAAGCGCAGUUGUGGAGACGAACUGCAUCUUUCGUCUGGUGGAUGAUAAACUGCUUCCCGAUGAUGAUUUCUGGGGAAAAGUGCCUCGCACUUCCCUGCUGGGCUCUAAAGAGGUGCUUGUGUUUGACUUUGGUAGUGAAGUUUACGUCUGGCACGGUAAAGAGGUGACGCUUGCACAGAGGAAGGUGGCGUUUCAGCUGGCCAAACAUCUUUGGAAUGGCACCUUCGAUUAUACCAACUGUGACAUCAACCCGCUGGACCCUGGAGGACACAACACUCUCAUACCAAGGAAAGGUCAAGGACGGCCUGACUGGGCCAUAUUUGGUCGUCUGACUGAACAUAAUGAAACAAGUCUUUUUAAAGAGAAGUUUCUGGACUGGAAAGAUGCUUCUAGACUGUCACCAAAUACAGUCAUGGAGCAGCUCGUUCAGAUAAAGGAGUCGCCGGUGACAGACUCUGGUUCUGAAUGUCGGGCGUACAACGCUUCUCUGAUGCUGCCGGUUCUGCAGUCAGCCAUUAGCACAGUUCUGGAUGGUCAGGAUGUGGGUAGAGGGCACGGUCCGGUGGAGAGCGCCUCUGAGGACAGCCUUAGGUCUCUGGAGAUCAGCACCGUAGCAGUCGACGUCUGGCACAUUCUGGAGUUCGACUAUAGCCGGCUGCCCAAACAGAGCAUCGGCCAGUUUCACGAGGGAGACGCUUACGUGGUGAAAUGGAAGUACAUGGUGAGCGCCGCAGUGGGAAGCAGACAGAAACCAGAUCAGGCACGCAGUGCUGGUCCAGGUCGAGAGAAGUGCUGCUAUUUCUUCUGGCAGGGCAGGAACUCUACUGUCAGUGAGAAAGGAACGUCUGCGCUCAUGACCGUUGAACUGGAUGAGGAGCAGGGAGCUCAGAUGCAAGUACAGCAGGGAAAGGAGCCGCCCUGUUUUCUGCAGUGUUUCAAUGGGGGGAUGAUCGUGCAUUCUGGGAAAAGAGGAGAGGAGGAGGAUAACAUACAGAAUGAAUGGCGUCUGUAUUGUGUGCGUGGUGAAGUGCCAGUAGAGGGCCACCUGCUGGAAGUGGGCUGUCACUGCAGCAGCCUGCGAUCACGCACCUCGAUUGUGCUUCUGAACAUCAACAAAGCUCUGAUCUACCUGUGGCACGGCUGCAAGACUCAAACCCACACACGACAUGUAGCUCGAAAAUCUGCUGAGAAAAUCAAAGAGCAGCGACCGCUGGAGGCGGGGCUUCAUAGUAGCUGCAACUUGACCAUUCACGAAUGCGAGGAAGGUGGUGAGCCCUUGGAAUUCUGGGAUGCAUUGGGAAGCAAAGACCGCAAGGCUUAUGACUGCAUGCUGCAAGACCCCGGCAAGUUCAACUUCACACCCCGACUCUUCCAGCUCAGUAGUUCUUCCGGGGAGUUUGUAGCGCUGGAGUUUUUCAACCCAUCCAGAGCUGCAGAUCUGGUUUGCUCCCUGCCUUUUCUACAGGAGGACCUUUUCUCCGCCCCUCAACCAGCUUUGUUCCUAGUGGAUAACUAUCAUGAAGUUUACCUGUGGCAGGGCUGGUGGCCGCAGGAUUCAGAGAGCACCGGCUCUGCCCGCAUCCGCUGGGACUCAGACAGGAAGUGCGCCAUGGAAACCGUGCUGCAGUACUGCAGAGAGAAGAAUGAGAAGAAACCUCAGAAGUCCUACCUGAUCCAUGCUGGACUGGAGCCUCUGACCUUCACAAACAUGUUCCCCAGCUGGGAGCACAGAGAAGAUAUCGCCGAGAUCACAGAGAGGGAGGCAGAAGUGUAUAAUCAAAUCAUUCUGGUUGAGGAUGUUUUGGCCAGACUCUGUCAGAGCAUCUAUCCGCUCUCAACAUUGCAAACCCGCCCCCUUCCCCAGGGCGUCGACCCCCUGCGACUCGAGAUAUACCUGACGGACGAGGACUUCGAGAGUGUGUUGGAGAUAAAGAGAGAAGAGUUUGAUGCUCUGCCGGGAUGGAAGCAAGUAAACCUAAAAAAAGCCAAAGGACUCUUUUAGAAACCUGACGACAGAAACGAUGGCUGUUUAUUUCCUCUAUGACCACAGGUUCUGCGGUCACCCCGAUUAUUCGACCUCUCUGUUGGUCAAGGGAGACGAUUGCGCACUGAGAACAGGGUAAACGGUCAGGUCAAAGGUCACUUUAGGAUCUACAGAUGCACCUGCUGUGGCGUCCGCUUUUGAUGUAUUUAUUACUGUACGUCUGUGGAGGUGAUGUGUAUGUGUCCGACUCCUCUACAUGUCUAUGUGCUACAACUUGAUGGUCACGAUUGUUCCCGUGCGAUCUGUGUGCAGUAUGACGUCUAAAACGAGUUUAUUCACUCAUUUCGGUUUGUCUGAAAAACAGGAAUCAAACCCAUUCAUCAUGUCCAAAGUCAUGCACCUCUAUCUGUCACGCUUUGGUCCGAUGUGCAGUGGGGUUAUGUUGUAGUGUGUAUUUAUGUUUGACAAGUCUGCUAAUAAUUUGAAAUUGUAUAAAAGAUUUUGUAGGAAACCAUGAAAAGAUUCUUGUAAUGUUGUCAUAUGUCUUAGUCCCUUUUUUCAAGAAGAGUUUACAUGUCUGUGUUUUUUCUGUGUUUUGUGUGAAUGGCUGCUGGUUGAGAUCUCUUUAUGAGCUGUGAUGAGCUUCACGUCUGUAUUCGGAUGGCGGCAUGAAAUAUUGGACGAGCGAAAGAAAAUAAUUAAUUUAAAUGUACAGUAUAGUGCCUUGCUUUUGUGUACAGUUUCUAUACCAGACACACACUAGUCUGCAUUUCAAGGACUUUCUUUGUGAUAAAAGAAAUAGUGAAUAAAUAAAGCAUAUUUA